UAAUGCACACUCGCCUUCCUCCCCCUCUCUCUGUCUCUCCCUCCUCCCCUCUCACUCUCUGCCUAUGUCUCUCUCCCUCCACACCAAAGCUCUUUAGGCUACUUUGCGCAUGUACGGCCAGUCAAACCGAGCAUUGCAUCGACUCCAAGAUGGCGAAAACACGUCUGGCUUGCCUCCUGACUCUCCUCUCAACUCACUGCUACUACAGCGUGUUUGCAGUGGUCCUGAAAACAAACAACGAAUCACCGUGGACCGAUGAGUUUGACAAAAUCGAGCUAUCGUGUUUGAUUGAGUCCAUUUCUACAACCAGUCCCAGAAUUGAAUGGAAGAAGAUUACAAAUGAUGGACCAAGUUAUGUGUACUUUGACAAGAGGAUCUCAGGUGACCUGGAGAACAGAGCAGUGAUCAGAGAACCUGCCACAUUAGUGAUAACCAAUGCCACAAGAUCAGACACAGCCAAAUAUCGUUGUGAGGUCACCGCUGCUGACGACCAGAAGUCAUUUGAUGAGAUUGUGAUUGACCUUGUUGUAAGAGUAAAGCCAGUGGUGCCAAAAUGCAGUGUCCCAAAAUCAGUGCCUUUUGGGAAGUCAGCUGAGCUGAGCUGUGUGGAGGACGAGGGCUUCCCCAAGUCUCAGUACCAGUGGUUCAAAAACAGGGAAGAGAUUCCAGAUGACCCGAAGACCAGCUUCAAGUUCUUCAACUCCUCAUACACACUCAAUGCAGAAACAGGAACUCUGAAGUUCAUCGCAGUCAGAAAAGAAGAUGCAGGCGAGUACUACUGCCGAGCGAAGAACGAUGCAGGAUACUCUGAGUGUCCACCCCAGAAGAUGGAAGUCUAUGAUAUUGACAUUGUGGGGAUUAUACUGGGAGUGCUGGUGGUGGUCGUAGUGCUCUUAUGUAUAACAGCGGGGAUCUGCUGUGCAUACAAGCGAGGCUACUUCUCCAGCCAAAAACAGACAGGGAACAAUUACAAAGUUCCAGCUAAAGGAGAUGGAGUGGACUACGUCAGGACGGAGGAUGAGGGGGAUUUCCGACACAAGUCAUCAUUUGUGAUCUGAAAGGGAGAGGAUUAUGAGGAGAACUGUGCUGAGUGAAAGAUGUGACAUGUGGGACGGCCUCCAUGCUGUCUGACCACGGAGCUGCCACAGUUCAUGCUCGGAGCUCUCAACAUGACUGAAAUCCAACCACUCAAGUUUGCCAAAGGUGACAAGAUUUCACAGGACAACAACAUGUCAGACCAUUACACAUGUAGGGACUGAGAUUCAUUUGUCAACUUUUAUCACCCACAGCUGAAUUAUUUUGCUAAAUUAUGGAGUUGUUACUUUCCAGUUAUUAUUGCAUGGUUUUAAACACCAACCGAGUUGAAAAAAAGAAACAUUUCUUUGUUCUGACAGGUAGAAAGGGAGGAGUCUCUUCCCUCCAAAGUCACUCUAUCAUGACACCUUUCUACCUUUGCUUCAAACCUUUUGUCAUUUGUAUACCGUUUCUUUUCUACUGUUGAAAUUCGUCAGACUAUUUUUGAUGGAAUAUAUUUUAAAAUGCCUAUAGAUAAAGGUUUACUUUUUUAAAUAUUUGUAAAAUACUAACAUGUGUUGUUUUUUUAUUUGGUUGUGGAUAAAAAAAUAUGUAACACUUUAACCACUUUGCAUCAAGCUGCAAGAAUUUACACCUUGCAAUCAGAAGAAAGAAAGACAAAUGAAAAAAAAAUGACUUGUAUCAUCAUAUCAAGAUGUGCUUCUUGAUCGGCGAGGUUACAUAUUUAAUUUCUUUGCUGGGAACGCCCACUUUCUGUUUGUGAGAGACUUCCAUGUUCAUGUUUGUAGAUAGUCUUAGUAUAAGGCUUUGAAGAGUGCCAGUCAAAUGCUGUGAAACACUGCACACAAUCAGUGCUGCAUUUUCUUGAUUUUAAGUGUCCUUCUAUGCUUGCUGUUGAUCUUGUAUAUAUUGAAUUCACUGUCGGGGAUAGAGUUUUGCUGUCAUAUGUUCAGUUCAGUAUUACACUAAUAAUGAUACAGGGUUUGUAAGUUAACCUUCCAGACCCAAACAAAACUAGAGGAUUGUUCACGUGAAAAGUUGUAAUACUAGACAUGCUACUUUUCACAUUUGACUUUGUAAAAGCCUUGAUUUGAAUUGUGAAUAGAAACAAAUUGGCUAAGCUGAUACAGAGAACAAAGCCUAUCUGUUACUGUGAGUUACAGUUCAGAUUUUGUUAUUUUAAUCAUGACUCUUACCUAUUUUUUAAGCUACAAUUACUAAAGGUAUCAGCAACAUCAGUGAAAAUGUCUCAACAGUACAUACACAGGCUCUGACAGUCAGGUAAAGCACAUUUAACACAAUACACAAUUUUUUACAUAAACCCUGGGGCUGUAUUCACAAAGCUCUCCAGUACAAAGAGUUGCUCCUGUGACGAGAACUGCCCAUGGGUCCAACAGCCCAUUAUUCCGACAACCCAUUGGUCUGAUGACAUCCCAUUGUUCUGACCAUAUUAAACCCAUUGCUCCGAAGUCCCGUUGUUCUGAAAUCAUCAUGAUGCCCUGUGGUUAAGGUCUGGUUAGGUUUAGGCACAAAAAACACUUGGUUAGGGUCAGGAAAAGAUCAUGGUGUGGGUUAAAAUGAAAAAGAAAGUGGCAAUCACAUAUCGGAACAAGGGAUGUCGGACUAAUGGGAUGUUGGACCAAUGGGCUGUCGGACCAAUGACGUGGACCCUCUGUGACAACAUCCUGAAAAAAUUCUUAGAAUCAUGACGUUUAUCAUUUCCCCUUAAAGUUAAGACUAGAUCCUGCCAAAGAUAAAAGUUAGUCACAAAAAGGGGCGUCGGUAGUGUAGUGGAUAGUGCCGGCGCCCCAUGUACAGAGGCGAUGCCUCGCUGCAGUGGUCGCAGGUUGGACUUCGGCUCGCAACCCUUUGCUGUAUGUCAACCCCCACUCGCUCUCUCUCACCCCAUUUCAAUCUGUCCUGUCCAUUAAAGGCAAAAAGCCCAAAAAAGUAAUCUUUAAAAAAAAAAAAGUUAGUCACAAAAAGUAGGAGAGUAUUCUCCAAACAUGGAUGAGGAAACGUAACGCUACAAAUUAGAUCAUGCAGGGAUAAUGUUUGUAGUCGAUGACAUUAGUAAUAUGCUCACAUCUCAUCCAACGUUGUAACAAUAUAGCGUCAGAAAAAAAAAUUACAACCCUAGCCUGUAAAAUAGGGAUGUCCCGAUCACAUUUUUUUGCAUCCAGUCUGAUCCCGAGUCAUUUAUUUUGAAACCAAGUCCGAUCUGAUACUUUGCAAAGCAUUAAGAAAGAAAAAAAAAAGAAUGCAUCCAAAUUGUCCCAUAAGGUUUGUUUAUUUUUUAAAUAGUAUCCAAAAAGCUUAUUGGUGGUUCAGCAGCACAAAAUGUAAACAAAUUAAAUAUCUUCUUCUUGUCUUCAACAAACAAAAUAGGCCUCUAUCUUUUGUAGCAGUUUGACACACGAAACAAAUAUUUUUCUUUUACUCAGUCAAACCCCACAAAGAAACCAUAAAACCUAUAAAACAGGUCGCUUAACACCGAAAUUAAAUUGCUUUUACCUGGUUUCUGGUAGAACAAAAGAAUUAUGCUCAAUUUUAAAAAAUACAAAUACAGCUGUAAACAGUUUCAAGAAAGUAUACACCAAAGAAAAGAGAUGCUCUGUUCUGCUCAGUCAGUUCAAUCCAGUUCGAACAAAAAAACUCCACUCCAGGAUUUCCAAAUAGCAUAUCACAGUUCAAUUCAGUUCAAUCCACACAGUUUGCUAAACAAAAGAAAACUCCACCCCAGGUUAUCUUGUAAACAAGGAAGUAAAGAAAAUCCACUGUUCACUCUGACUCGGUUCCAAAUAAGGAAUAAUGAAACGAAAAGUAACCCCCGGCUUUUGCCAACUCACGGGACUGUGGUGGAAUGCUGUAACACUCUGGCAUUGUUUCGGGCAUGGAAGCUCCGUAGAAUCCCUUGAUAUCCAUGGCGGGGAAUCUGAGGUGAGGCCGGUGGCCGGAUGGAUGAUAUUCCACAGGGAAGCGCACCUAUUUCGCGGACUUUGAGCAGUGUAAAAUGCCAUGGUAGGCCGAAUACACAGAGGACUUCUGGCUUAUUUCUCACUCGCCAGCGACUCUCGCCAUACUGCCAGGAGCGGCAUAAUAUAGGGGCCGGUCUAACUGGGCUCAGCUGAUUGAGCCAUCUGACUAGCCGAUAUCACCAGUGGGUGUGUCUGGAGGUGAGCAAGUCAUCAGCUGAUAACCACUGUCUUGUGAAAAAAAUAUAUUUAUAAAAUAUACAGGAUCACCAAAUUUUAUACAUUGGGAAGCGGAGGCAACAAUGAACAACAUAGAUGAAAAAACUGGCGAUUUUUGUUGUUUUGAUUCCUCCAAUCUUUUAUUACCGAUUCCGAUUUUGUAAACAUAACGUGAUUGGCGCCGAUACCCAAUCGAGACAUCCCUACUGUAAAAGUAAUGGACGUAGCUACUGUUACAUCACCAGUCAGUGUGUCAACUCCUCUUUUGAAGCCUCAAGUUUGGCUUCUUGGUUUUUUGGAGCCAGAAGUGAUCAUAUUUGGUUGAGAGGCUGGCACUGUGGAGGAGCAAGAGGACACGACACUUUCAAAGUCUCAUAUUGUGACACAGUUCAUUUCCUUUUUCGGUGGGGGUCCACACCUUGCAGGUUAACAAAAGGACAACCAAUCUGGUAAGAAUGCAUCAUACCCAAGCAGCAGCCUCUGAAAAAUGAUGCCAACACAGAAGGGCCAAAAACUGCAGUUCAUCGAUUGGCCCCUUGAGGCCGGCUCCAGAAGCCACUCAGUCCAGAUAGAACCCCAUGUUCAAAUGCCCAACUUUACAGCAAAAAACAUGUUUACAGCCUAAAAACGGUUUUGGUCUCUAUAGCUAAUUUCAGCAUUCAUGACAACUGAACAGGGGGUGAGUUUUUAUAUAACUCACCUGUUUACAUUUUAUCAAGACUUAAAGUUACGUACAUUAAGGGGCAGGUCCACUUGAGUGACAGGCUGUCUGCAAUGCAUCACUGUACCCCUCACUCCUCCACAGCUCCACUCUCUCAUUCAAAUAUGAUCACUUCUUGGUCCAAAAAACCAAGACGGCAACGGCCAAAAUGCUGAACUUGAGGUCCAUAAACCAAUGGGUGACGUCACACUGGUUAUCUUUUAUUUAUACAGUUUAUGAUCAUAUGUAGCAACAGGGUCAACCACACCUCUGAGAGAAUGUUGGUGAAUACAGCCCCUGCUUGAUAUUUACUGGUGUCCAAUCUGUUUACAAACUAUUUUUGCUAAUAUUUGUGCUUUUUAGAGAGUAGACCUCAUCUAACAUCCGAGCCUUUAGUUGUGACUAAAUGUUUUAGUUGGAAGGAAAGAUCAUAUUGGGUUUGAGUAAAGCUCAUAUUGUCUUCAUUGCUGUCAGGCAAACGGACAUGACCCUACACUUGAGUGUGACAGUGAUGAACAGCCGGGGUCUGGAGGGUUAACAGGUGUACUGAUUGUAAAUAGGUAUUUGUUUCUCUCUCUCUCUCUCUCUCUCUCUCUCUCUCUCUCUCUCUCUCCGUCUCUCUCUCUCCAUCACUCUCUCUCAAGAUUAUGUAAAGUGGUGAAAAAUGUAUAAAUGUCCUGUUUGAGGCAAUAUGAAACUCUUUCCAUUUGUAAGACUGAGAAAAGGUAACAUUUUAUCAUAUCAUUCAUAACACAUGAUGAGCAAAAGCUUCUUGGCAACAGCAUGACAAAUUCAGUCAUGAUCCAGCCCCUCUGUUAGUAUUCAGAACAAACAGCUCACUGUUUCAGAGUUCCGUUGCUUUUGGCACCUUCUCGUCAGCUUUCUGAGCCCCAACCAGAUAAAACAAUCACACACCUGAUAUGUAUCGGUACUCAUGGAACUUCCAUGCAGCUCAGAUGAAUCACUUGGUCAGCUGUUACGAAUGUUUCAUAAUCGGCAAGUGUGGUAAAAUGUUAACUGAAUAUCAGUCAUGGUAGAGACGAUCUGCCCAACAUUUGCACAUAGGAAGAAGAAACACUGCUUGGUCUUUCUCCAAGUUGCAUUAAGGAGCAAAGAGAAAACAUUUCUGAGUGUAUGAUUAACCCAAUCAGGUUCACAAUCAAUCCUGUUAAAGGUAACGUUAUACAGUGAGAUACAAGUCAAGCUGCAGAAAGAUGCAUACAUUUCCUCCUCAUUUGUACAAAUUUCAUUCCUCUUAAGUGCCUUCUGCCUUUAAAGUAGUCCAGUUUCUCUAUGGCCAUGUUCUCUUCACUUGUAGGUUGCUCUGAUACUGUUGCAGGAUUCAUGUUUUCCAUUCAUUUAACCAAAAGCACGGCGUUUGAGAGGAAUGAUGUCAACGCAAAUUUCCCUUUCCCUUCUUUACAUACGUAUCUGCAAAUUUGUAAAUAGCUUUUUUCAUAGAGUUGAAGGUGUAGACAUGUUGACAUAGCUAUAGAAAUAUAUUAGUGCCUAAAUAUAGUGGGAAUUAUUUUUGGUAAAGACAAAUAGCACUAUUAGGCAAAAGAAAAAGAUGGAUCCCCAAAGCAGGGACAUUUAUAUACAGUAAGAGCUCUGGUUUAUAACACAUUUCAAAAGACGAGCUGAGGUAUAUUUUUCAUUUAUGACCCCGACAAUGAGGGGAAUUAGAUUUUGAAACCCACCACUGCUCCACUGCUUUUAGCAAUGAACACAAUGUUCAAACCAGGAGUUAACUCAGUAUUCAUGAAAGUGCCAUGCAGCUGGAAUGGAGCUCUAAUUAUACCGUCGUUGUGAGUGUUUUAUGAAGCAGAGUUCAUGCAAAGUGUCAGCCACAAAAACAAACAGGACUUAAUGUGCAGGAAGCUCCAUGUCGGCCUACAUGUAGUCCGCAGGCAGUCCUGAACAAGUCUGUCUGUGAUCUGGUUGGAUGUUUGCAAGGCAGCGGGGCUAGAGAUUAUAUUUACAUGACAGUGAGAGAUGGUUUCCAGGGUGUGUACUGUGUUCAGGGGAAAGUAAAGCCAACUCACCCUUGUCUUUCAACUCUGGGAUGGCAGCGCUCCACUGAUCCAGGACUGUUAACGUGUUACAGACUGAGGAUUGGUACAACAUGUCAGAUUUUCUGAACCAAACAUAUAGUACACAUACAGUAGAAUGUCCAUUUGGGGCCUGCUGGGGUUAUUUUUGUUCAUUUUAGAACCACUCUAUUUGUGAUUAAUAAAACUCACUUCUAAUACUA